AUGAAGAAGGAGACUCUCGAACAAGGAGAGAAGAACUCACGAAGGAGAAGAAGUCUCGAACAAACUCAGUUCUCACUUGUUCUCUUCGGGCAUGGCACACACUCUUCGUCGCGCCUGACGCCUCCGAGUGUCCGAAACAAAACUCCGGCUGGCUCACCUCCCGAAGUCCGACGCCUCGCCUCGCUUCGCGUCGCCUUCUUGUUGCACAUUCCGUUUGUAAAUAUUGUUCCGACUUUGAUACGGAAACCUGAUUCCCCAAGAACUCGGCCUAGACAAAAUGCGAAUGAAAUCAAAGAUGGUACGCCAAAGAAGCAAAAACAGUGCAACUGCAAGCAUUCUUGUUGUCUGAAGCUCUACUUUGGCACAACAGGUGUCAUUGGGAUUAUAGUUGUUAUGGCGAGCACAUCUCUUCCACCCAGAUUCCGUUUUCAUCCAACGGACGAGGAGUUGAUCCUGUACUAUCUCAAGAGAAAGCUCAUGGAUCAAUCUUGCUUGAAAAGUAAGGAUCUAACUUGGUACUUUUUCUGUCCAAGAGAGAAGUACCCAAGUGGAUCUAGAGUGAAGCGGGCUGCUGAAAAAGGGUACUGGAAGACAUCUGGGAAAGACAGAGCUGUGCACCACAAAGAUAAAAAAGUCGGAACAAUAAAGUCAUUGGUUUUUCACUUGGGUCAUGCACCCAAAGGGGAAAGGACCAACUGGGUGUUGCACGAGUAUCAAAUUCUGAAUGAACAACUAGCUGCAGCAGGAAUUCAGGAUACAUAUGUGCUGUGUAAGAUCUUUCAGAAGAAUGGUCCAGGACCAAAGCAUGGCGCGCAAUACGGGGCGCCCUUUAACGAAUCUGAUUGGUCUGAUGAUGACAUGGAUGAUUUUGCACUUGGCGGCCCAUCAACAACUCAAUACUUGAUUGAAGAUCAAAUGUGUCCUCCAGUAACUUCUAGCUUCCCUUCUCAACUAACCAAUGAAGAUUUAGUUGAACUUUUGACCCCGUUAACAGAUGAUGACAUGUUGAUUUUUAAUGAGUAUGGACAGCAGCUGGAGAUGAAUGAUACAUCGGAGUCCCACGAGCUAUUGUCUCCAUUGAGCUGUCUCGAAUCUAGCGAGAAUGUUCAGUCAUCAACCAACGAGAUAUUUGAGGACAUACUUGCUUCCAGUCCAUGUGGUGAGUAA